CCAAAAAAAUCAAAGAAACACCAAAUAAAGAAACUUAUAAAGCUGUAUCUGAUGUAUUAAAAACAUUUAUGGAUCUGGAAAUGGUUGAAGAUAAACUUGCUGACCAGACUAGACAAGUCUUGGUAAAAAUGGAAAAAAGUUUUUCGGUUAGAGGAGGCGAAAGUGAUGAUGAUGAUUUACAAAGCAAAGUUGUUUAUUUUGGAAGCGAUAAACCACGAAGUGCAAAUUCUACAAAACGUGUACCUUCAACUCCUAAUACUCCUAUAAAACCUUCUCUUAAUCGACGUACAAGUCAAGAAAUUGUUAAACCAUCACUCACACACUUACCUUCUUAUGAAAGAAAAUCAAGUGGUCAUGUUAAAUACGCUAGUGAUGGUACCAGUUUAUCAACUAAUGGCCCGAUUGAGCCAUCUAUAAGUAAAAAAAUUUUAAAGGAAUCACGUUCAGAUGAAAAACUUAAAAGAGAAAAACGAAAAACGAUGGGUGGUGUUUCUUUGGAUAUAAAAGCUAGUGCAAUGGCACAAUUGGAAAAAUUUGUUUCAUCUGAACAUUUACGAAAGUCAAAACCUGUUAAUGAUUCUGUAUCCGAUGAUGAUUAUAAUACUAUUCGUGGUCGAACUCCCUCUCCCCUACUUCCUACUGUUCGUAAAACAAAAACCAUGCCUAUAACUCCUCCUCCUUCAAUUCUAAAUUCGAGAUUACCUCCACCUGCUCCUAUUCGUAGUGUUAGUUAUAAUUCUUCUUCAAAACACUCUAAAAAAUCUGAUCAUGAUAAUCAUUCUUCUAUCACUUCUGAGGCAAGAAGUCGAAGAUUAACUGUUAAUGGUUCUACUAAUUCUUCGAGUAUAUCUCCUCCAAAGUCAAUCAAUAGUAGGACUACAACUCCAACUUCUUCUAAACGUGACUCUCUACCUCCUCCAAUAAGUGAUACUCAACUUCCUCCUCCCGUACCUGCUAUGCCAAGUUUGCUUCCUAAAUUAACAAAAGAAUUAUCAAAGGUUCAUGAUGAUAUUCCUCCUGUACCUGCAUUACCUUUAUCAAUAACAAAUGAUCAAAAAUCAUCAUUAUCAUCAAAAGGUGAUAAUGUUUCACCUCGUGAAAAGAGAGAUAAAACUACCGAGACAAGAAAAACAAGGCAGAGAGGAGCGAUGAUAACCGGCCAACAGCAGACUGAUAAGAUAAUCCGACGACAGGUUGGAAAAACACUUCCAGCAAAUAUGGCUCCUGCUCCUGCUCAAUUGGCCGCUCUUACUCUGCCACCUUUUAAUAUUAACGCAUUACCUUCAAAUGUUAAAAUACCUACUCAUUCCAAUCCUAAUAUUAAAUCAAAAACUCCCACUGCUCCUUUCAGAAUGUUAACAACCCCAACUUCAAAAAUUCCUACUCCAACUCUGAUACCAUCAAAACCUACUAAAAUUGGUAAUGGUUUAUCAUCACCAAGUGGUAAGGGACUUUUAUCCACUUCAAGAGUAGCUCCUGCAUCACCAACUAGUAAACAAGGGCGUUCACAAUUAAAUAAUGGUACAGCUGUAAAUUCAUCAACUAGUAAUUUAAGUUCUAGCAAACCUGAUAAAAAAGCAAGGACUAGACGCCUAUCAACUGCUAUAUCUAAUAUGUUUUCAGGAAAUAAAAAUAAUUUAUCUUCUACAAAAACUCCGACAAAUUUAACUUCGACUAGUUGUAAACAGCGCACAACUCCACGUUCCACUCAUUCUUUGAGUGCAAAUUCUUCAUCAACCAAUCUUCCCAGUUCAUCUAGUUUACUUACACCAGGUUAUAAUACUAUGGAAGUAGAUUCCUCUUCUUCUGCUGCAAGUACGCCAAGUGGUUAUAAUAAUUCUGCUGGCCAGUAUGAUGAUAAUACGACAAGUGGUGAUGAUGAAACUACUAGCUUUUUACCAGGAUCUGAAAAGAGCAAGAAAGAGCGCGAAAGAGAACGAAGAAGGCAAGAAGCCCGAAUGAAAGGGUCUUCAGCCAUGAAUCCUCACGUAGCACUUAAAACUUAUGCACCAUCUUUAUCAUUAUUUGAACGUUCAGAAAUAUUAGAAUAUUCUGAAGUUUAUUUUGUGGGUCAAAAUGCCCAAAAAGUCGCAUCGAGUCCUGAAUUGACUGGUUGUAAUUUUGGCUUCGAUGAUGAUCGUGGAGAUUAUAUCGUAAUAAACAAUGAUCAUUUAUGUUAUCGUUAUGAAAUAGUUGAAAGUCUAGGCAAAGGUUCUUUUGGUCAAGUAUUAAAAUGUCUUGAUCAUAAAACGGGAGAGUAUGUGGCUGUUAAAAUAAUUCGUAAUAAAAAGAGGUUUCAUUGUCAGGCAUUAGUAGAAGUAAAAAUUUUAGAAUGCCUAAAUAAAUGGGAUCCUGAUGAUUCUCAUAAUAUCGUUCAUAUGGACGAUCAUUUUUAUUUCCGGAAUCAUUUAUGUAUAGUAUUUGAGCUUUUGAGUAUGAACUUGUAUGAAUUCAUAAAGAGUCAUGACUUCCAAGGAUUCAGUAUUGGAUUAAUAAAAAGAUUUUGCGUCCAGCUGCUGAAUUCUUUGUCACUACUACAAAAGCACAAUAUAGUGCAUUGUGAUUUAAAACCGGAGCAGAAUGUGCUCUUAAAACAUCCGACAAAGAGCAGUAUUAAAGUCAUUGACUUUGGCAGCAGUUGUUUCGAAAACGAAAAAGUAUAUACUUAUAUUCAAAGUCGGUUUUACCGAUCCCCUGAAGUCAUAUUAGGAAUGACUUAUAAUAUGGCAAUCGAUAUGUGGAGUUUAGGUUGUAUACUUGCUGAGUUGUACACAGACUUAAAUGGUAAUCCACGCCCGGUUAUAAAUUCAAAAGGUAAACGUCGGCGGCCCGGAACAAAAACAUUACAGGGUGUUUUGAAAUGUCAAGACGAAGUUUUCUUGGACUUUAUAUCGCGUUGUCUGCAUUGGGAUCCUGAGAAACGAAUGAAGCCGGAUGAAGGUCUCAUGCAUGAAUGGAUAACUGAUACCAGGAACUAUCUUACAAAUUACGAUUUGAUGAGACGACAAAACCCAUCAUCAUCAUCUCUUCCACCAUCAAACAGUAGUCUUUCGAUGAGACAAUCAAAUUCAUCUAGUAUAGCUCGUGGUGCACAAUCAAGUUCACACAGUACAUAUAAAUCCACAACCUCUGCUUCAGGCCAGAAUCACUUGACACCCAGCAACAAUCCCCCACGCAGGAGCCUUGAUGGUCAAAUACGUAGUAAUGGUACAAGGCAACAACAACAAUAUUCCUCAUCUAUUCCGAUGUCCUUAACUGCUAGAAACGAAGGACUUGGUGUCAAUGGUUUUCUG